AUGUGCCACAUAUUGAGAGACAGUAAGGAAAAAUUCAUUUUAAAUUAUAUUGAGGUCAGUAUGCAUAAAACAGAGAGGAUAGAACAGAAAGAAGAUAAGGAACAGCCACCUCAUUCACCAACCCCAAUAUCGUCUCCUGCCGUACCACGUGCACAAUCAGGCCCUUCAUCUCUGUCAACUGUACGACCUUCUCAUCCAGCUAGUCUUGUGCCACAUUUGCUAUUACAAAACCUCCUGCAGCAAAUUCCUGUGUCAUCUGGUAAACAAUCUCCACCAACCCCACCACAGGUCCCCUCUGUAUCACAUGCACAGCCAGGACCUUUAUCUCCAUCAACUGUACAACCUUCUCAACCAGCUACUGAUCUAUCGGAACUACCAUCACAAAUAGUUCCACAGCACACUCCUUUGCCAUCUGGUAGACCACCACCUCCAACCUCACCACAACCGCUCCCUGUAUCACCUGCACAACCAGGCCCUUUAUCUCCAUCAACUGUACAACCUUCUCAUCCAGUUAGUCCUGUGCCAGAAUUGCCAUCACAAAUACUCCCACACCAAACUCCUUUGCUAUCUGGUAGACGACCUCCUCCACCCCCACCACAGUCCCCCCCUGAAUCACCUACACAACCAGGCCCUUCAUCUCUGUCAACUGUACGACCUUCUCAUCCAGCUAGUCUUGUGCCACAUUUGCUAUUACAAAAACUCCUGCAGCAAAUUCCUGUGUCAUCUGGUAAACAAUCUCCACCACCCCCACCACAGGUCCCCUCUGUAUCACAUGCACAGUCCGGACCUUUAUCUCCAUCAACUGUACAACCUUCUCAACCAGUUACUGCUGUACGAGAACUGCCAUCACAGAUAGUUGCUCAGCAAACUCCUUUGCCAUCUGGCAGACCACCUCCUCCUACCCCACCACUGUACCUCCCUGUAUCACCUGCACAAUCAGGCCCUUUAUCUGCAUUAACUGUACAACCUUCUCAACCAACUACUCCUGUGCCAGAAUUUUUACCACCACAAGUACUCAUAAAGCAAUCUUCUUUGCUACCUCGUGGACCAUCUUCUCAACUCUCUCGGCCCUCUGCACGUGGCAUUAAGAAGACCUCUAAUAAACAAAAGGGAUGGUGUAACAUUUUUAACUCCUCAUCUUUCAAUAAAGAACAGUUGUUCAGAAUAUUGGAAGAUAUUUCAAGUGGAAAGCUAACUACUGUCAAUUAG